UUUGAUGUUAAGUCACAAUCAUUACAAUUAAUUACAGUAUUUAAGCAUGUCAAUGAUUUAAAAGAUAUGCACGAGAUACACAAUCAACGAUAUUGAUAAAGUAGAUAUCUGUUAAUCUGAUAUUUUUAUCUUACUUGCCGUCGGUACCAUUGCUUGCGAUCUAGAUCACUAAAACAGAUAAAGAAUAGUAUUGAAACUUCUUUCAGUUUGUUCCAGCCUUUCAAUAAGAGUUGAGGCUUUUAAAACUUAGAUACGCGUAGCAUCGUGCAGUAGUAAGUGUAUAAACUGAAACAAUUCGACAAAAAUUUUCAAAUACAAUGCUCGAGGGGGCAAUGAAAGAACAUGCACCAUUAGAUGUGAUACAAAAUGCUAUGGGUGUGAUGGGCCCAUGGCAUAUUGUUAUUGCUGUGGCAUUGUCUCUUGUAAAAUUUCCAGUUGCUUGGCAUCAACUUUCCAUUAUAUUUCUUGCACCUCCAACUAAUUUUUCAUGUGCCGCACCAAUUUCAACGACUAAUGAAUCUACAAUAUUAAAAUGUUAUGUAGAUGUAGGGAAUGGUACCAUGAAGAAGUGUACAAGUUUUAAAUAUGAUAAGCGCAUAUUUAAAGAGAGUAUCAUAACUCAAUGGGACUUGGUCUGUGAUAGAGAACAAUUAGCAAAUUUUGUACAGUCUUGUAUAAUGUUUGGCGUUCUUAUUGGUAAUUUAGUGUUCAGUAUAAUGGCCGAUCGAAUUGGUAGGAAAAAGCCUCUAAUGAUUGCUUUAGGAUUACAAUCAUUAACUGGAUUUAUAUGUGCAUUUGUCCCAUGGUUUGAACUAUUUGUAAUAUUUAAAUUUAUUUCUGCUAUAGCUACAGGUGGUACUAUGCUUGUUAGUUUUGUUUUACUUAUGGAGAUUGUAGGAAUAGAAUGGCGUUCAAUUAUGUCAGUUCUCUUUCAUGUGCCAUUUUUAUUAGGUCAUUUAAUGAAUCCUUUAAUUUCAUAUUUAACGCACACAUGGGAUGGUUUUCAAAUGGCGGUUUCCAUACCAUCACUUUUCUUAUUAUCAUAUUAUUGGAUUAUACCUGAAUCACCAAGAUGGUUACUUGCUGUUGGCAAAUUGACAAAAGCAGAGCAAAUUUUAAUCAAAGCAGCAGGUAGAAAUAAAAUACCAAUAGAAAAUGUUAAAACAGCAAUUGAAACAUAUGAAAGUAAUGUGGGACUUCGUCAUAAACAAAAUAAAGAAAAAUAUAAUAUUACACACUUGUUCAGAACUCCAAAUCUAAGAUUAAAAACUAUUUGUAUAUGCUUUAAUUGGUUUGUGUGUGGCAGUUGUUUCUUUGGAUUAGCACAAUAUAUGGGCUAUAUUGAUGGUAACAUUUUUGUGAAUGUUGCUGUAUCUGCUGCUGCUGAACUACCUGGAACUAUGGUAGUUUUGCUUUUAAUAUCACGUGUAUCACGUUUAAAAAUUUUAAUAAGUGGGAAUCUUUUAUCUGCUGCAAGUUUACUAUUACUAACUGUGAUAUCAAAUUCAAAUUUCACAGUAUUUUUAGCUACAUUAGGUCUUGUAGGAAUGUCACUUAGUUUCCCAACAAUAUACUUGUACAGCAGUGAAGUAUUUCCAACUGUAAUCAGAAAUGUUGGUGUUGGUUUAGGAAGUGUCUGUGCAAGGGUUGGAAGUAUAAUUGCACCAUAUAUUGCAACAAUGGGAAAAAUUAAACCUUGGUUACCACCAUUAAUAUUUGGAUUUGGACCAUUAUUUGGUGCUUUAUUAUGUUUUCUACUGCCAGAAACAAUGAACUGUGAAUUACCAGAAACUAUUGAAGAUAGUGAAAAUUUCGGGAAGAAACAAAUCAGAAAAGAUGCAACAAAAUAAUUGAAGUUAUUAAUAAAAGAAAAACAUAGUAAAACAAUGAAGCAGACUCUGCUUUUUAAAAGAAUAAAUUUAAUAUAUUUAAUAUAAAAAAAUUACAUUAA